GGCCACGAGACCCCCAUGACCAUCCCCGAAUUCUUUCGCAACUCAGUCAACCGAUUCGGCGCUUACCCGGCGCUGGCGUCCAAGAACAGCAGAAAGUGGGAGAUCCUGAAUUUUAACCAGUACUACGAGGCCUGCCGCCGGGCCGCCAGGGCCCUCCUCAAGCUGGGCUUGGAGCGCUUCCACGGCGUCGGCAUCCUGGGAUUCAACUCUGCGCAGUGGUCCGUGGCCGCCCUUGGCGCCAUCCUAGCAGGGGGCCUCUGUGUUGGUAUUUAUGCCACCAACUCCGCCGAGGCUUGUCAGUACGUCAUCGCCGACGCCAAGGUGAACAUCCUGCUGGUUGAAAAUGACCAACAGUUACGGAAAAUCCUUUCGAUCCCAGAAGCCAGAAUGGAAACCCUAAAAGCCAUCGUCCAGUACAAGCUGCCCAUGAGAGAGAGAAAUACCAACCUGUAUUCUUGGGAUGACUUCAUGCAACUUGGCGACAGCGUUCCCGACAUGCAGCUGGACCGGCUCAUCGAGAGCCAGCGGGCCAACCAGUGCGCCGUCAUCAUCUACACCUCAGGGACCACGGGCAGCCCCAAGGGAGUCAUGCUCAGCCACGACAACAUCACCUGGCUAGCCGGGACUUUGGCCAGGGACCUGGGCCUGACAAGCACCCUGGGCAGGCAGGAGGUAGUGGUCAGCUACCUCCCCCUCAGCCACAUCGCAGCGCAGAUGAUGGACAUCUGGCUGCCCAUCAAGAUCGGAGGCCUCACCUACUUUGCUCAGUCAGAUGCGCUCAAGGGCUCCCUGGUCAGCACGCUGCAGGAGGUGAGGCCCACGGCGUUCCUGGGGGUGCCCCGCAUCUGGGAGAAGAUGCAGGAGACGAUCGCGCAGAGCGUCAGCAAGUCCUCGGGCCUCAAGAAGAAGGUGUUUUCGUGGGCCAAGAACGUCGGCCUGAGGGUCAACACGCGCAAGAUGAUGGGAAAGCACGACAACAUGCUGAGCUACCGCAUGGCCAAGGCCCUGGUGUUCAGCAAGGUGCGGAACUCCCUGGGCCUGGACCGCUGCCGCUACUUCAUUAGCGGGGCCGCGGCGCUGGCCCCCGAGACCUCCGAGUUCUUCCUCAGCCUGGACAUCCCCAUCGGCGAGAUGUACGGCCUGAGCGAGAGCGCGGGGCCGCACACUGUGUCCUCCCAGCACAACUACCGGCUCCUCAGCUGCGGGAAGGUCCUGAGCGGCUGCAAGAACAUGGUGUCCCAGCAGAACAACAGCGGGAUCGGGGAAGUGUGCCUGUGGGGCCGCCACGUCUUCAUGGGCUACCUGGACAUGGAGAGCGCCACCGCGGAGGUCAUCGACGAGGAGGGCUGGCUGCACUCCGGGGACCUGGGCCGCGUGGACAACCAGGGCUUCCUCUACAUCACCGGCCGCAUCAAAGAAAUCCUCAUCACUGCGGACGGGGAGAACGUGUGCCCGGUGCCCAUCGAGGCCCUGGUAAAGCAGAAGAUCCCCAUCGUCAGCCACGCCGUCCUGGUGGGGGACAGGGCCAAGUUCCUGAGCAUGCUGCUGACCCUGAAGUGUGAGACCGACUGGAUGAGCGGGGAGCCCCUGGACAAGCUGAGCCCAGAGGUCAUCAACUUCUGCCGAGCCCUGGGCAGCCAGGCCAGCACCGUCACGGAGAUCGUGCGGCUGCGGGACCCGCUGGUCCACACGGCCAUCCAGCAGGGCAUGGACGCCGUGAACCAGGAAGCCAUCUCCAACGCCCAGAGGAUCCGGAAGUGGAUGAUCCUGGAGAAGGACUUCUCCAUCCAAGGCGGGGAGCUGGGUCCGACGACCAAAAUUAAGAGACAUUUCAUAACUCAGAAGUACAAGCAGCAGAUCGAGAGCCUCUACCAGUGACCGCAGCGGCCGAGCUGCUCCCGCUGGCCUAGAGCUUCCAAGAGCGAGGUCCCACUGGCUCACUCCUCCGAGCAGGCGCCCCGGCCUGCAUCUGCGGGAGGUCCGUGUCCUGGCCGUGCCGCUGGUGGGGGCGCCCUCGCCUGGCCCUGCCUCCUGAAGCCCAAGGACCCUCACAGGACCCACAGGCUGCGCAUCUUCAAGGCCCGGGCCCAGGGCAGCCCCGGGGUGGGGGCGACCGAGCACUGGCUGGUGUGCAACGAGGGUCUGGCUUGGGGGCUGGGUUUUCCCCUCCUCUCUCCCCAGGGGACUUGAGAACUGGGCCCUGGCGUUGCUCGCACGCCUGGGAGCCAUGCGGACACCCUGCCAGGCUCUGAUAAUAAAUC